AUGGCUGUCAAACGGGAGAAUUGGGCGAUCCUAAUCGCCAAUAUACUCAUUGUUGUAGCUAUUUCAAUAUUUUCAUCCGGGUUUUUCCCCUACAAGUCUUUGCUUCCAGGACUGGCUACUUUUGAUGAGACUAAUGUUGAUUCUGUCGCACCAAAAGUCUUUGAUAGAGUGAUUUUCAUGGUGAUUGAUGCGUUGCGCAGUGAUUUCGUCUAUUCGAAGACUUCCGGAUUUUACUUCACUCAAAGUCUAAUCCGUUCUGGAGCCGCUCUACCUUUCACGGCCCAUGCUAGCUCUCCAACGGUCACGAUGCCUCGACUCAAGGCCAUGACAACUGGCUCCGUGCCGUCCUUCUUGGACGUGAUAUUGAACAUCGCAGAGUCCGAUACCUCUUCUACCCUCGCGUAUCAAGAUACAUGGCUAGCGCAGUUAAAGGCGCAAGGAGGUCAGCUCGUCAUGUAUGGGGAUGACACUUGGAUCAAGCUAUUUCCGGGAGUCUUUGAUAGGUUUGAUGGGACUACGAGUUUCUUCGUAUCGGAUUUCACUGAAGUAGAUCACAAUGUUACUCGCCACAUUCCCCGGGAGCUAUCAGAGGGCGAUUGGUCGGCCUUCAUAAUGCACUUUUUGGGGUUGGACCACAUUGGUCACAAAGCUGGCCCUAAGAGCCGACAUAUGAUGACAAAACAACGUGAGAUGGACUCGGUUGUUGCUCUAAUAUAUGCCGCCAUGGAGGAACAGGAACACCUUCAAUCGACCCUGUUUGUUCUGUGCGGAGAUCAUGGCAUGAACGAUGCCGGGAAUCAUGGUGGCUCGUCACCGGGAGAAACUUCGCCAGCUUUGCUUUUCAUUUCACCAAAGUUUCAGACUAAAAAACUCCCAGAAGACAGUCCAGUUGAAGCAUUCAGCGACUUGCAAUACUAUCGGACUAUUGAGCAGACGGACAUCACGCCAACAUUGGCGGGACUUCUAGGUUUACCUAUUCCGCUGAAUAGUCUGGGCAUUUUCAUACCAGAGUUUCUAAUGAUGUGGGAUAAUGAUUCUCACAGAAUUGACAUCCUGCUUCGAAACGCCAAGCAGAUGCUUAACACAAUGAAGGGGACCUUUCCCGAUGUGGAUGUUGAAGCAAGUACUACUCCUCACGGCUGCGACAAGCAAUUGCCAACAGGUCUUGCCAAAGUUCAAUGUGCCUGGUUUCAAGCACUAGAAUUGAUUCACGGACACGAGCUUAACAGGACAAAUCUCCCAGAUGUCGAAUCGGCUCUGCUAAGAGUUCUGGGAUCUGCCCAAGAGGUGAUGAGCAGCACUGCCAGUAAAUACAAUACAACAAGACUUUACUUGGGCUUGUUGGCCGCGGCUCUUGCUGUCUUGCUCUUAUUUUUACCAGCAUAUGGAUUGGUUUCAAAGUCCAGACAUGCUAUGAUGUUUCUCAUGUUAAGCAUUCUAGGCUAUGGUGGUAUGAUGUUUGCCAGCAGCUACGUGGAGGAAGAGCAGCAAUUCUGGUACUGGGUCAUCACAGCAUGGACUGUCUAUCUGCACAUAAAAUCACUCCGCCCAUGGCAUGGUUCGAAAGAUCCUCGAUCUUCGUCCUCACGAUUUGCAAGAUGCACAACAAUUGUGCUGGCCAUCUCUUAUCGAAUUCUCAGACGCUGGAAUCAAACAGGCCAAAAAUUUGCUGCUGAGCCAGACAUUGCGCGAGAUUUCUUUCCUCGCCAUCAGAACAUCUUGUGGGCCUUGAUUAUACUGACUUACUUUGAUACAUGCAUGCGUCUUUGUCUCAAUUCGCCGCCCAGUAAUAUCUGGCGCUCAGCAGCUAUACUGACGACGAUAGCGGCCUUAUUUUUCAAGCUGGUUUUCGUGGCGUCCGACUCACCCGAGCUUCUUGAUGAGUGCUUUUUGUCGCCCAUACAGAAAAGCUUUGAAGGGAUGCCAUUGAUUCUACCCGCAAGACUCGUCUUGUGUGGGAUUUCCCUACUGGUGGUGACACCGUUCUUGGCCUCGCUGGGCACUAUAUGCCAUGAAAGCCUGACCCUCUUCUUGCUAACACAGUCAAGAGCUGCCAAUAUCCCGAUCUUUUUGAUGUUUCGUCUACAACUUAUAAUUCUUGCUUCUCUGAACAUGAGCGCUAUUGAAGUGACCAUCACGUCCUUGCUUUCACAGCAUAUGAAUUUUUUUGCAUUUGGAGGUUCGAAUGCAAUAUCUUCCGUUGAUCUUUCCAACGCAUAUAAUGGGAUUGGCAGUUAUAGUGUGGUGUUGGUAGGAGUCUUGACAUUUAUAAGCAACUGGGCUGGGCCCAUAUGGUGGGUGUCCACUGCUCGGCUUCUCUACUCAAAUCCAACGUCUGCGGAGAAAUACAGCCAUAUAACCCUCCUAACGUUCCAUGUUGCAACAACUUUGAUGUUCGUCAUGGCCGCAUGUACAGCGUUAAGGACGCAUCUUUUCAUCUGGACAGUGUUUUCACCAAAAUAUCUCUACACAUUGGCGUGGACUAUUCUCAACCAUCUGUUUAUCAAUUUACCGGCUACAGCGAACUUGCCGCAAAAUUUGAACUGGCAAUAA